GCCGCCCUCCCUCCCUCCUCCCUCCCGCCUCCCCGGUCCUCUGCCCCCCUCCCCGCCUUCUCUGACAGUUCCCCACCGCCAUGGCUUUCCUGCACCAAGAGCCGCGGCGGGAGCAGCAGCGGCGGCAGCCGGAGCAGCGAGACCUCGGGGGGCUCGGGCGAGGCACCCCCGCCGGGAUCUGAGCCCCUUCCAGACCCCCCCCGCCGCGCCGCGCCGCGCCCGAUCGCCCUCUCCCCGCCUCGCACCCGCGCUCGCAAGAGAAAGGAGACACGCGUCGGAGAGGCACGUUUGGCUGCGCGCGAGAAGAUAUGGUUGCAGAUCUGAACGCUUCUGAGCUCCUCGCAGCGGUUGGACAGUUUGGACUGUAAACCUUUCUGAAAGUUACCAUUCAAUUUUUGGGAGUCUCCCUGUUUCUCUCCACUUUCCCCUUUCCCCCGUAUAAAACUUCCAUGGACCGUGGGAUUGCCAUGGAGCCAAGGGAGAAUUCAAGCACUGUCCGGCAAAGGGGAGGAGAGACGGAUUUCCUGACAUCGGCCGCUGCUUCCGCAAAGGCCCCUCCUGCUUCUGGCUGCUCUGGGGAGGCCAUGCUGCCAACUUCUGGCUCUACAAAAGGCAUGCCCGUGAGCAGCAACCGUAUGGAGCCCGAGGAAGAGGACGAGUUGUGUUCUGGGAGAGAUGUGGAUUCCACUUCCAAUGCGGACAGCGAGAAAUGGGUGGCUGGAGAUGGCCUGGAGGAACAGGAGUUUUCCAUCAAGGAGGCUAACUUCACCGAAGGGAGUCUUAAAUUGAAAAUCCAGACUACAAAGAGAGCCAAGAAGCCCCCCAAGAACCUGGAGAACUAUAUAUGCCCCCCGGAGAUCAAAAUCACCAUUAAACAGUCCGGGGAGCAAAAACUUUCCAGAGCUGGGAAAAAUAGCAAAGCAGCGAAAGAGGAGGACAGAGCACACUCCAAAAAGAAGGUUUAUGACCGGCUGCAAAAGCAUUCUGGUGUGCACUACAAUCCAGAGCACCAGCAGGAUUUCACCAGUGACACCUUAAAAUCAAGGCACCAGCAAAAAAGCAACAACCAGCACCAUCUCGACUGGUCAACGAGCUCGGAAUCUUGUUCCGCUUCCCAGACCUGCUUCCUUGACCCAGAGCCAAAUCGAGAAACCAACAGCUCCACCAAGAUCCCUGCAUCGGAGCCCACUGUGUCUUUCAAUAAAUCUCAGUCUAAGAAAUCUAACGCCAGCAACACAUGGGGUCAGUUGGCCACAAGUAAUAACAAAGACCAUACUGUGUGCAACUCAGUCUCUGGAUCCAGUGCUCUUGGUGUAACUUCCCAAUCAAAUAAUUCAUCUGAUUGCAAUGGUUUUUUGCCACUGUUGAGCCAAGAGGGAGGGGGACAAAUGGAAGCUCCUGAUCCAUCCAUUGGCAGCACAAAGAAGAAAUCCAGUAAAAAAGAGUUAAUCAACCAAGCCAUCCAACACACAGAGAUAGAAUGGGUCAAGAAUUCUCAGAAAUCCUUUGAGGCCAAAACUCAUGACAGCAUGGAAGGAAAAAAGGAAUCCUGCGCAACCAAACCAUCACCCUCUAGGCAAACCCCAAACUCUGCCAACAGUUCCGAAAGCGAUUCUAGCCGUGUGCGAAUUACUAUACCAAUCAAGACUCCGACAGUGGAGCCAGCUGGCCACAAAAGGAAGAAACGGCAGUCCGCAAAAACUGUUGUUGACAAGAACGUCCCAGAGAAAAGCCCGUCUUCUGGACACCCUGUGAGCAAUGACGUAGGCAGCAGGACGAACUCACAAGCAGAGAUAUGCAAGAAAGAUGUGCGAGUCACGAAGCAAGGGAAGGUUACUGAAAGUGAGCCUCCAUUAGUGCCAGUGGACAAUAAUGAGAUCACUCAUAAAUCCCCCGCUAACAAUGCCACCAGGCUCCGAAAGUCCACAGCUAUGACAACGGCUUCAAUGAGUCUUGACACUCUCGCACCCAGCAAGCAGCCAGAGGUUCAGCAUCCAAAGCUUGCAGCCAAACGAAGAUGGACUUGCAACAAACCUAAAAACAUGCUCCGGGAACCAACCCUGGGCCCCUCUGAGAAACUGAUGGUAGAACCUCCAUCAGCCUAUCCCAUAACGCCAUCUAGUCCUCUGUAUACCAAUACAGACAGUCUUACUGUGAUUACUCCCAUCAAGAAGAAGAGGGGGCGACCAAAGAAACAACCUUUGCUCACUGUCGAAACCAUCCACGAAGGAACGUCCACCAGCCCGGUCAGUCCCAUCAACCGAGAAUUUCCUGGUACGAAAAAAAGGAAGAGGAGACGAAACUUGGCCAAAUUGGCCCAGAUGGCUCCAGGAGAAGAUAAAUCCCUCAACGAGCUGAAAUUUCACAAAAAGGUUGGCAAGCUCGGUGUGUUGGAUAAGAAGACCAUUAAGACCAUCAACAAAAUGAAGACCCUCAAGAGGAAGAACCUUUUGAGCCAGAUCUUAUCCUGCUCUAGCAACAUAGCUUUGAAAAUGAAAGCUCAGCCACCAGCUAGUACGGGGGCUCCGACCAUCGAUGCCCGACUUGGGAAGCAAAUCAAUGUGAGCAAGAGAGGGACGAUCUAUAUCGGCAAGAAAAGGGGAAGAAAGCCACGGUCUGAGUUGCAGCCCCCAUUGGAAGAACCGAAGACAGCCAUCAAACAUUUGAGGCCUGUUUCCAGCCAGCCAGAAAACCCAGCAGUGCCUUCCCACUUGCAUUCACUUGUCGCGCCAUCACCAGCAGCUGUUCAUCCGCUUUCAACUCAGUUAGUGGGGUCUAACGGCAACCUUAGCCCUGCCAGCACUGAAACCAAUUUUUCCGAAUUGAAAACUAUGCCAAAUCUACAGCCUAUCAGCGCUCUUCCCACAAAAACUCAGAAAGGAAUACAUAGUGGGACUUGGAAAUUGUCCCCACCCAGGCUAAUGGCAAAUUCUCCUUCCCACCUUUGCGAUAUAGGUUCCCUGAAGGAAGUCACGCUCUCCCCAGUGAGCGAAUCCCACAGUGAGGAAACCAUACCUAGCGAUAGUGGGAUUGGGACGGACAACAACAGUACUUCGGAUCAAGCGGAGAAGACCUCCGAGUCUCGCAGAAGGUACUCGUUUGAUUUCUGCAGCCUGGACAAUCCAGAGGCGAUUCCGUCGGACACCAGCACUAAGAAUAGACAUGGCCACCGGCAGAAGCAUAUAAUGGUUGAUAACUUUCUUUCUCAUGAGACGAUGAAGAAACCAAAGCACAAGCGGAAGAGGAAAAAUCUGCAGAACAGAGACGACCUCCAGUUUCUCGCAGACCUGGAAGAACUCAUCAGCAAGUUCCAAGUGUUCCGGAUUUCCCACAGGAGCUACACGUUUUAUCACGAGAAUCCAUAUCCCAGCAUUUUCAGGAUUAACUUUGAUCAUUAUUACCCUGUGCCAUAUAUCCAGUAUGACCCAUUGCUGUAUCUUCGCAGGACCUCCGAUAUGAAGUCUAAGAAGAAGCGUGGUAGACCUGCCAAAACCAAUGACACCAUGACAAAGGUGCCUUUCUUACAAGGGUUUGGUUACCCUAUUCCCAGCGGGAGUUACUAUGCACCCUAUGGAAUGCCUUACACAUCUAUGCCUAUGAUGAACCUUGGUUACUAUGGUCAGUACCCAGCUCCUUUGUACUUGUCCCACACACUCGGAGCAGCUUCUCCAUUUAUGAGGCCCACUGUGCCCCCUCCCCAAUUCCACACAAGCUCUCACAUGAAGAUGCCCAAUACUGCCAAGCAUAAAGUGAAGCACGGAGUUCAUCUGCAGACCCCUGUCGGGAUGGGCCUCGGGGACGUUCAUUCAUCACUGUCCUCUCCAAAGGUUGCGGGGACAAGCAUGCCCAGUGGCCGGCUUCACAAAAGGAAACACAAGCAUAAGCACAAACACAAGGACGAGCGGAUAUUGGGGACUCACGAUGACCUGAGCAGCCUCUUUGCUAGCAAGUCCACCGGCUUCUCCAGCCAUUCAGUUAGCGAAAGAUUAAGCGUCUCAGAUAAAGACCUCUCUCUGCUGACCGAGAAGAGCAAGCAUAAAGAGAAGCAGAAGCACCAGCAUAGCGAAACAGGGCACAAAAUUUCCAAGAGCAGCUUCGAAGUGGACACCUUGUCUACGUUGUCGCUCUCGGACACCCAGCAGUGGGUGCCGAGCAAGGAUAAGAGCGAUACGGGCAAUGACCCCAUUGACUCUUGCAUGAAGAGGUACUCUGGGAAUGCGGAGAGCAGUGCCAGGUCUGAGUCUCUGGACAUGUUCGGUGAAAUCAGUUCGUUGAGCGAAAAACGAGACGGUGAUGGAAGCGGGAGCAAAAGGAGGAGUUUUGAAGGAUUCGGAACCUACAGGGAGAAGGACCUUCAGACCUUCAGAACGAGUAGGAGGGACAGAAGUUCGUAUGAUUCUUCAGCUGCUCCAGGAAUUGCCAGUUCCCACCUAAAAGUGGACCAGAUUUCUCUUCAUCAUAAAAACGAAGGUUCGGCUUCUGCUGUGAUGAUGACCCGCCGAAAACCACCAGCUCUCGACGGCGUUUCAAUGACCUCGACUCCAGUAUUAUCUCACCUACCAUCAACAGCAGCAUCCUCGGAAGCAGCCAUCUCGCCGUUAAAGAAACGUUUCAAGCGCCGCGAAAUCGAAGCAAUCCAGUGCGAGGUGCGCAAGAUGUGCAACUACACCAAGAUUCUCUCCACCAAGAAGAACUUGGAUCACGUGAACAAAAUCCUGAAAGCCAAGCGGCUGCAGAGACAAUCAAAGACAGGCAAUAACUUUGUCAAAAAGAGGAGAGGGCGUCCCCGCAAGCAGCCUCUCUCUUUUGAUGAAGACUCCAGAGACCAAAUGCCCGUUUUGGAGAAAUGCGUCGACCUUCCUUGCAAACGAGGUCAAAGAUUCACGCUGAACCCUUUAAUAUUGGAACAAGCAGCCAGUCAAGAUACAAUCACGGCCACCAUUGAGGCCGUAAUACAUAUGGCCCGAGAGACAACGCAGCCUCCCCCUCCUCCUCCACCACCUCCACGGACAGCUAGAGUUGGAAAAAGGAAAAACAAAUCACAGCAUGCCGAGGAGGAGGAGGAUGAAGUGAAGGUGAAGCGGCACCGGAAAACUAGAGGAAGCGAAAGCGAAAGCCUUCCUUAGUUGCAGAUGUGGCCAAUCAUUGGACAGCGCCAGAUGGUUAGUGCCCUGGGACCACGGCCCGAGCGCAGAAUUCGGCAGGUCUGCUCGUCACCUUCCACAGCAUCAGACUUGCUCUGCAUUUCAGUAGCACAGCAGCCAUUAAGAGUUAAGAUAGGAAUGACCAGUAAUAAUUACAAUAAUGACAAAUCUUUGGCAUUAGCUCUUAAGUUGGUAAUGGGAGAGGGUGCGGAGAGAGGGUUUUUUUCCCCCCCGAAAAACUAUCUAUCGACUUUGCAGAGUUUCUGAUCCAAAUUGGUGUUGUGGUACUUGUGUCUUCAAGGAGAAGGGGGUUCACUCAAAGUCACUAGAGAUUCUUACACAGCGGGGACUGACAAUAGCCUUAUGAGAAUUGUCAACGUCAUUCUAAACAGAGGGCCUUGUCUCUUUAACAGAUGAGAUUGCAAAGGAUAAAGGGACAGGGACAGCUUAUCCGAAUGAUGCAGUACCAUGCUAGGAAAAGUCACGUUCAUUGAAAGUUCUCCCUACCGCAUUGAUUUUAAAGACACAAGAACCUCCGCCAGUAAAAACGUUGGCAGUCCUCAGAAUGGAAAUUACAAUUGAACGUUUGCUUUUCAACAACGAAAAGAGAGAGUGUAUAAAUCCCUCAGCUGUGCUCCUGGUUUUAAUCUGCUUUGACAAUGUUUGACUUUUAUUUUAUAGGGGCGUUUUAGAAACAUUUGCCAGGUUAAGGGCAACUGGAUCCCAAAAGGUCUGAACUAGUUUGGAAUCUUACCAUUUUCCUCCUUUGCCUCAAUAAAUUUGAUGCAAAUAAGCAAAUGGUGAGUGCAGUAGGCAACACUACCAAAACUCUGCUUUACUAAGGAAACAGCACUCUCCUAGAAAGCCACAGAAAUAGCUUAAUAUUUCACAUCAAAAGCAAAAGCCAAUCUUUCACUGACAUAUAAAGCCUUCCAACACAGUGACUUGGCAUUCCCAUUGGUGAUAUUAGCAAGGGUUUACCAAUGCCUGCAAAAAAAAAAUUCCAAAAAGGCCAAGUCAGUAGGAAACUCGGGUGCAAAAAUAUUUGCAGGAUUGGAUCCAAGCAGUGUAGCAAUGCCUUGACUUCUUUAUUUAAAUAAAGACAACAGCAAACACAGUUAAAAGAAUAAUCCACACAGAAAAUGAAAACAGAAUAAAGCAAAAUGAUGUCAUAUCUUGGCAAGUAUUUAAAUUAAGAUAACAGAAUAAGUGUUCUUAUCUAAAAUAAUAAUAAUAAUAAUCAAGACGUUCAAAGGGUAUCACCACUGCGGUUGUAUUCAUGCCACUUUGGACAAUUUUUUUCCAAGAUGUGGUUGCCUUAAUAAACUGAAAAAGUAAUUUUUUUCUUUUGUAUAUAAUGUAAUUAUAAAAAAGAAGGAAAUCAGUCUGCAUGGACACAAACUGUGUGUGACAAAUUGUCUUUUUUAAAUCGUCAGUUUCAAUUGUCCAGUUCAAAUUCAAAGUGUACUUUUAGCCACCAGUAUUUUUUUAAGCUUGGAUAUAUAUAUCUGUAUCUGAAGCAUUUCCUUAGCCAAAACAAGAAUAAUAGGUAGUAGUAUUAUUUUGACUGAAGCUUAAACGAUUUAACAGAAAUGCAAAGAUUUUAAAAGAAUGUAUUACUACAUUGCAGUAAUAAUACUUUCUUUCAAAGUGAAUCUCAAAUCACUUGUUGUAAUUUAAAACAGGUACUAAACAGAUUUCUUUCCUUUGCUCGAUUAAUUUAUUCCAAGUUUCCUUGCAUUGAUGCAUAAGGAGGGCGUGAUUUAGUCAUUUGAAAAUCUGCUCUGAUAAAAAUUCCCAUUAUUGAUACAAUCUGCAGAGCAUUACAAAAAACAAACCUAACCCUACACCUUCAUUCUCACGUAUUUCUUUCCUGUGACUGAUUUCCAAGUUAAAUAAAUUGUACAGCACAUUGGGCCAUGCAGAAUCCCAAACUAAAAACCAAAUCCAUGUAAUACCUUUUAUUACGACCGACCAAAUUGACCCAAAACAUCGAGCAAGCUUUCGAGCUCUCCAGAACUCUUCAUCAGGCUGGACGUUACAAAAUUUAAAAAGAGAGAAGGGUAGAAAGCAGAUUUUUUUUUCAGACCACGAUAUUAUGGUCUCAUCUUGCUUGCGUCAUUUGAGGAAUGCAAUUUGGCAAUUAGCUUAGCUUUAUUGCUGGCGUGGAGUCUCCUUACAGCAUGUUCUCUGGGAAGCAGGAUAUGGUCAAUGUUGUUCACUCUUUGUUCUCAGAAAACACCCCAAGAAAAAUCCUCCCAAGUUGCCGUUAAGACCAGUCCCUGAUUUGAUGCAUGUGCGCCAGUGUGUGCCCCAACUUCCACCCCGCAAGGGGUGACCCAUUCUCAUCAUUGCUGGGAAAUACUACAUGGACAUCCCCUUUUUACAUAUGUAUUGAAAUUUACCAAAGGAAUAGGCUAGCUUCUGUCCACUGAGCACGCUUAUGCUCACUUUGAAUGCAAUGCCGUGUUACUCAUCUCCCGUCAAAAUGAAUAUAGGAUACACGGGAUAAUUGUGUAGGUAUUUGCUGCUACAGUAGGCUUCUAACCAGUUACAGAUAUCUAAGGGUCAGUUCAGUAUUACCCAUGACAUGGGAGCCACUUUGUGUGAUCUGGUCACAUGUCACUCUGAUAAAAUACAAACCGUGUUGGCUAGGCACAAUGAUAUGACUCUUGAUUCGGCUUGGUCUGCUGCAGAAGAGCAAGAGUCGGGUCCAGUGGCACCUUAAAGACCAUUUAGAUUUCCAGGGUAUGAGCAUUUGAAAGUCAAUGCUCCCUUCACUUUCCAGUCCACAUUGCCCAGUAGGCCCAACCAUCCAUCAUAGAAUCAUAGGGUUGGAAGGUCAAAGAGUCCAUCAUGAGCCUCGCAAAGCUCGUAUUGGUUUGUAGUUCUUGACCUUUGUGGCAUUUAAGUCAUGAGGAACGGCUUUAUCUCCCACUUGCCAUUUUGCACAUGGUAGCUUCCUAAUGCAUUUACUCAAAGGAAAAUGUUUACCUAACUGGUCAUUCAUAGCCAAGCUACGAGUGACUUUUUUCACGUGGAGAACACUUCAUUGUUUUCUCAAGUUUUCCUGGGAACUGAAUUCCGAGUAUCCUUCCCUUUUGCAAAUCGUUCCUCCAGUCACAAGCCUGCUGGACAAGAGGGCUCUCAACGAUCGUUUGGGGGCGGGCAGCUGCUACUUUCUCCCUGGGUGUCCUGCUCCUGGGGAGCUUCACCAACACGGCAGCUUUCUCCAGAGCAGCAGGCUUGUGACUGGAGGAACGAUUUGCAAAAGCUGCUGCUGCCGCUGGUUUUCUCUGGCUCUUCAGGCAGCGAUUCUAAUAGAGAGGGGAAGGACACUCGGACUUCAGUUCCCAGGAAAACUUGAGAAAACAAUCAAGUGUUCUCCACAUGAAAAAAGUCACUUGUAGCUUGGGUCUCAGCCAAGCCGCAUACCAUAACGUAUGGCAAACCUGCCAUGAACUGUGUCUCAUCAAGCAAAGUUGUGCAGUCUAGCAGCCAUGUACUUGUAAAGUGCGUCCUGUUUUCACAGUUCAGGGCAGGAGGGGGAAAAUAGGUUUAUUGAACCCUGAUGGAAUGCCUAUUUGAUAGCAAGCAGACCCGUCCAGCAUCUUUCAGUGUUAUAAUUCUGUGACCUCCACAUGACAAGGCUUUUCAAUGCAACUGUUGAUUGCAACCAAAAGUUAAACAUAAUGCAUGCAACAACAUGCAUGCAUGUGCUUCAAACAUGUAUUGCACAAGAACAGGGAAAUGGGGUUGGCCAGGUAUACAGAAGGAAACAGACAUAAGUUUGCCACUGCAUGAUGUCUGAAAUAACAUCAUUCUUCUAAAACAAAAUAUUCCUCUCUGAGAUUAGACACUACAAAUCUAGCUUUCUCUUCUUUAGCGAUGCACCAAGAGGGCUGUAAACACAUAAAGUAACACUACAGCAACAACCUGGUGCAUACUUGCUGGAUAGUAAGCCCCAUUAAAAACAGUGUGAUUUACUUCUAAGUUAGCAUGCAUUGAAUCAUGCUGCAAAACUCCAAUACCUUUGAACCCCAUUAGAGGUACAUAAAGCUGCCAUAUACCGAGUCAAACAAUUAUAGUGCGAUCCUAUACAGUUAUUCCAAUCUAAGCCCAUUGAUUUCAGUGGGCUUAGACUGGGGUAACUCUGUUUAGGAUUGCACUGUUAGUCUGUCAUGGUCAGAAUUAACCGAUCUCCAGAAUCUCAGCUAGAGAUCUUUCACAUCAGCAAGUAUGUUGACAUGACACCGUGUGCUUUCUCUGCCACUGAGAAACGGCCCUUCUUCUUAGUUUAAUGAAAUCUGAACUUUGUUAGCCCCUAUGAUAAAAGGUCCCAACUUCAGUCUCCAGUAUCUCCAGGUAAAAGGAUUAUGUAGUAGAAUAAUGUGAAAGACCUUCACCUGAGGCCUUGGAGAUCCACUGCCAGUUUGAGAGUCUCUCUACACGAGAGGCCUCAGUGCAUGUUCAUCAAGUGUAGGGAGAUGCAACGUUAGCCAGGAAGGGUAGUUUAAAAAGACAGAGCCAGCAGUGAUCACUCCUCAGAGGGUUUGUUAAUUUCAUCACCUCCCCGAAGGCUCUGUCAAUUUCACCUCUCUAGUCUAAAACUGUGUGGGAUCGCAACCAGAGGGCAGUGAGGAAUUGCAAUGGGCUGGAGCUGCCUUCCAGAACUGGGCUUGGACCUGGAGAGGGUAUAAUGGGCUGAAGUUUCCCUUCUGGCAUUUCAAAGCCGCCUCCCACAGCUCCAGCGUGUAGCAAAACCUUUGCCCUGCCACCAGCUCUGUCUUUUCAAACUACCCUUCCCAGCUCCCAUUGCAUCUCCCAACACUUGUUCUUCAUGUAUCAGAGACUCUUUGGCUAACCAGUAAGACACCACAAUAUUUCACUAAUAGUCUGGCUCAGUAGCUGAUGAGAAAAAUCUCUGAGAUCCCGAAGAGUGACUGCAAGUCUGGGUAGACAAUACUGACCUCGAGGUCUGAUUCAGUAUAGGGCAGCUUCAUACCUAGAGUCUCCACCUGAUCUGUCUGCUGGCCAGAAUUAGUAUCUCUACAUGAGACGUCUCGAUGCGUGUUUGUCAGUUGUUUGGAGACCCAAUAUUAGCCUGGAAGUGUAGUUUAAAAAAACAGAGCCAGUGGAGAUCGCUCCUCAGAGGGUUUAUUAAUUUCAUCUUUGCCUGUCAAUUUCACCUCUCUCCAAUCUACAACUGUGUGGGAUGGCAACCAGACGGUAGUGAGGAAUAGAAAUGGGCUGGAGCUGCCUUCCAGAGCCAGGCUUGGACCUGGAGAGGUCCUAAUAGGCUGAAGUUUCCCUACUGGCAUUUCACAUCCCCCUCCCACAGCUCCAGUGUAUAGCGAAGCCUCUGCCCUGCCACUGGCUCUGUCAUUUUAAACUACCCUUCCCAGCUAACAUUGCAUCUCCCGACACGUGUUCUUCACAUAUCAGAUGUCUCGUGAAAAGAGACUCUGAGUGGCCAGUACUGAUCUGACUUAAUAUAUGGCAGCGGAAGAGAAAGAAUAUUGUGCUUUGAGAUACACUGAAGCCAUUGGCUUCAAGCUGGAUUCGUCCCCCUGCCCCGCCCCUGCCAAGAAUCAUGGUAAGCCACACAAGAUAGAUUUCUGCUUUUCCAUAAAAAAACCUUGCAAAUAAAACAUCCGAUGAGUGAUGCAGCACCACAAUCCACGAUUGGCUGUUUGACCAACAGCUGACACACACUGUAUUGAUUUGUGCUUGAAGGGAAAGAUUAGCAAACUAAAUCACAUGAAGCAAACUGAUGCUGUAAGACGGCAACUGAAAUGUGUCUUUCGCAUGUCAUGUAACCUACCUAUAAAAGCUGCCGACAGAAUAAAAUUAUAAAAGAAUGUAUUACAUGCACAUUGUCAAGAAUUUAAUUUUAAUGGCUCAAGGUAUUAUGCAAGAAUACAAAAAAAAAACCCACCCCUUUCCUCUCUGUCUCUCUCCCUCUUAGAUUUAGUUGAGGAAAUGUUUAAAUUCUCAAAAUAUACUCAUCGGAACCAACUGUAGUUAAAUCAUUAGGUAAACGAGUGGUAAGUAUCUUGUCUUGACUCAAAUCCACGUCAACAACAUAUUGAGAGGCCUCUUCCACACGAUGAACUCCCUUGCUGGAUCAGGGUAGUUGUUUUCUUAGAAUUAAUAUAUUAAUGUACCAGUGGAACGUUAAUAUGUUAUAUAAUCCCUCUAUAUUACAUUGACACCAUGUUUCUUGCAGUUGGUACGGAGAAGGGUGCCGCAGAAACCAAUUGCAACAAAAGCAUCAGAGAAACACACAAAAAUAAACGUUGUAAUGAUUGACCUUCGACAGUUUGCUCUAAAAACUUUUUCACUGCUUGCGUUUUGGACCAUUACAGUAACCAUAGACUUAGAGAUGCUGUGAGCUACAACCUUUCCCACUCUAAAAUUUAAUCAGUUUGGGUAGAACACUUGGGCCGAUUCCAGACGGCCCUCUG